CAUGCGUCACAUGUGUGUUGUUGUUUGUGGCGGUAAGAUGGCGGCGCUCGGAGACACCUCAGCUCCGGGGGUGAACGGGUUAAUACAACAAUUCACAGCAAUAACAGGGGCCACAGAGAGUGUCGGAAAACACAUGCUUGAAGCAUGCAACAACAACCUGGAAAUGGCUGUAACCAUGUUUCUGGAUGGAGGAGGAAUAGCAGAGGAACCCAGCACCAGCUCAAGUUCAGCGGCAUCGAGCAGCAGAGCUCCCCCAACAGACGAAGUACGCGCUCCCAUUCCCCAGAAGCAAGACAUAUUGGUGGAACCAGAACCAUUAUUUGGAGUGCCUAAGCGAAGACGGCCUGCUCGAUCGAUAUUUGAUGGCUUCAGAGACUUCCAGACAGAAACAAUUCGACAAGAGCAGGAGCUUCGCAACGGCGGGACUGUUGAUAAGAAACUGAGCACCUUGGCAGACCUCUUCCGUCCCCCUAUUGAGCUCAUGCACAAAGGCAGCUUUGAGACAGCUAAAGACUGUGGACAGCUGGAAAACAAGUGGCUGAUGAUCAAUAUUCAGAAUGUUCAGGACUUUGCUUGCCAAUGUCUGAACAGGGAUGUAUGGAGUAACGACGCAGUAAAGAACAUAAUCAGAGAACAUUUCAUUUUCUGGCAGGUUUACCAUGACAGUGAAGAGGGGCAGCGAUACAUUCAGUUCUAUAAGUUGAACAAGUUUCCCUACAUUUCCAUUUUGGAUCCACGCACAGGUCAAAAAAUGGUGGAGUGGAACCAGCUGGACGUGACGUCUUUUCUGGAGCAGGCCACUGGUUUCCUGGCAGAACACGGGCAGCUUGACGGGCCGUCCUGCCAUGGACCACCUGCCAAACGAGCUCGCUCUGAGAGUCUAAUUGAUGCCAGUGAAGACAGCCAGCUGGAGGCAGCGAUCCGAGCCUCGUUACAGGAAACCCACUAUGAGUCCUCGAAUGUCGCUGAGGCCCAAGACUCCCCGAGAUCAGAAGACGAUUCGGACGAGGAGGCCUUCUCCGACAGCGAAGGACCCAUCUCUGUCGACGGCUCAGACAGUGAACCAUCCACGCCCCUCACUGCCUCAGCGGCCCAGCAACGUCUCCAACCUGACAGCUCAACUUCUUCCUAUAGAAAGUCCCCGUACAAAGAAAACAAUCACAGUCACAAAAAGGAGGAGAGCAAAAAGAACCAUCUGGAACCUUCAGCUCCAGUUCGUCAUCCUCAACCUGAUGCUGACUCCGGAAGGAACAACUGUUCCUCCCCAGCGGAAAGUGCGUCAUCUUCCAAGAUCAGCACCACCACAGCCUGUGAAGUGGACUGUCCCGAUGACAAUGGUCCCAAAGCCAGGUUGAUGCUCCGCUACCCCGAUGGACAGAGAGAGCAAAUUUCUUUGUCUUCUAAAGCUAAACUUUUGGCCCUGGUCAGGCACGUCCAGUCCAAGGGUUACCCUAACGAACGCUUUGAACUCGUCACCAACUUUCCUAGAAGGAAGCUCGCCCACUUGGACUAUGACAUCACGCUGCAGGAAGCAGGCCUUUGUCCACAGGAGACUGUAUUUGUGCAGGAGAGGAACUAGCCCUCCCAGACAUGUUGGCCAUCAGCUUGUCCAUGUCAUCAAUGUUCUCUGGUAACGAUACUGGCUUCAACACCUGAAUAACUUUCUUUUGGGGAAGUUAAGCGGGAGGACCCCGGCUCUCUCUCUCCUCCAUGUCUUCAACAGGACAGCUGAUGGACUUCUGCACAUAACUCCACUAGUCUCCGUACUGACAUCACACUGAAAACCCGAUUUCUUCGUAGUCCUUUUAAACCGACCAGUAAACUGUUUCAGAUGUAAGCACUCUUUAUUUUUUUAAUAUUAUCUGGUUUACUCUGAUGCAGCUUUUUGAACUCUGAGGCACAUCAGGACUGAAAACAAACAUGUCUCCUGUAAAAAAAAAAAAAAAAAAAAAACAAGACACCAAACUGAAACACCACUUCAUUGGUUAAUGAAAGGCCAUCGAGGACUUUUACUUUCCAGAAAAGGACGGUAAAGGUCAGAGUUUAUUUUCCAGCUCUUGUUAUAUCUGUACAUUGGACAAGUAAAGGGAGAUCUGUCCUUGUCUUUUUUUUUUCCUGUAAUUGUUGAGAUUUUUGUAAUUAUUUAGGAGGUAUGAGCAUUCCUGGAAAAAAGGCUCAGAGGAUACAAGGGGGGGUGGGGUAUUUGGUAUUUUUGACACAGAGAAAUGACAAAUGGGAGGUUGUACGCAUCUUCAGUCGAUGUACAGACGGCUUAGAAAAAAAACUAAUAUUUAGCGAUAGUCUUUGUUUCCUUCCUUUUUCUAUAUGCUGCCAACAAAAUGCUGAUGUUGAAAUAUAACUACCAAAAAAAAAAAAAGAACCAGCAGAAUCCUUUUUACUUUGUUUUUUUUUUUUUUUUAUAAUUUAGGUUUUGUGAAUGAAGGAAUGAUUAAAAUUUGAAUUUUUGACCCGAAUUAAAUUCACCACUUAACUGGACAUAUUGCAUGAAAUGGCUAAAAAGGUGGACACAUUCAGCAUAAAAUGUAAUUUUUUUUUAUCUAAAUACAUUUAUUUUACAUACAAGAAAACUCUAUUAUGACUUCUGUUAGAAUUCUACGCAUUGUUUUAGUGCUCUUAACCUUCCAAAAAAAUGUGAAAGUCAAAGUCAGACAAAAGACUGUAAGCUUUGACCAGCUCUUUGUCUCUCCAGUUUUUCUUUGGGUCAUCUGGUGGUGCUAAUGUGCCUUAAAUGUCAACAGCGAAAAAGAAGGUGACUUAUAAGGACAGUAGUGCAGGGUUUGAACUCUUUCUUUGGGCUUUUCAGAAAUCUCGUCUGGUUCAACAAGCUUCCAAUCGUCAUGCUAAACUCGCAAUUCUUGUGGUGCUUUAUUUUUUUUUUCCUUGCAAUUCUUUUCUUAGAAGAGUGCACCCAUUGCAAGUGGAUGGACCCUGAGAGGAUGUGUUUAGACUCUAUAAUCUGUCUUUACAGCCUCGUGAUUCAGGAUUAGUCAGAAUUCUUAUAAAAAGAUGGACAAUGUUGGCCCUCAAACUAGAAUCUUCUGCCCUUCUUUUUUAACAAUAUGCUAAUUAAAGUAUGUCUUACGGUCUCACCGACUGACUUGUACCCAGAGUCUGUGCAGAGGUUAAAGUUGGCACAACCCUAACCCUGUGUCGCCACCCCUACUGAACCAUGGGCAAGAAGAGGCAACACCAGGAAGAGCAAUGAUGUAUAAGCAAUCAGAAGAACAACAAAUAAAAUCCUAUGAUGAGAACAGGAAAUAUGGUAGAGGAUGACAUUUCCGACCAUUACAUCGAUGACGAGCUGUUUCUGCAAAACUCACGAGAUUGCGGGUCAAAUUAAACUCCUCCUGUUGGCUAAUCCAUGUGGAUUAGUAACCAUUGAAACAUGACCAACAAAUAACACUAGAAAAAUACUUUUUAGGUUACAAAAAGACUUACAAAGGUUUUUUUUUUCUGAAAAAAGUUCAAAAUGAACCUUUAAAAACAAAAAAGGCACAAAGGUUUUAGUUUCACAUCAUUUCCAUUCUGCCAUCAGAGAGAGAGACCCCUCCUGAUUGUUUAAUCAUUGAUGGUGAUAUAUUUGGUGAAUAUUAUUGCUUUAAAGAAGAAGAGAAGCCAUUCCAGUAGGAGCACUUUGAGGAUCUGAUCUUUUCUUUCACCAAACACAACCCAACAGGGAAAACUGAUCAUUAAAGCUUCUCAUUUGAUUUACA